AACCUCAGCCGCCUGCCAUGCGCCAUGCCCCCGAGAGGAAAGCGAAAAUCUUCAGGUCAGGAGAGCAAGAAGUACGAGGAAGAGUACGAGAAGUGCUCUUGCGAUGAGCUCAGGCAGAAGCUCGUGGAGCUGGGCGAGAAUCCAGGCCCCAUUGAUGCCUCUAACAAAGACAUGUAUGUGAGGCUCCUUGUACGUAAGAAGAUCAAGCUGGACACAAGUGAGGGGGCACCCAGCCCCAAAUCCACCCGUUUCUUCUCCUCCUCCCCCGACAACAGCACUCUGGCCCUCUCUCUACCUCCCUCCACCUCCUCCUCCCCGCCCUCUCUCUCCCGCCAACCCCUACGACCGUCCUCUUCCCCCCUUUCAUAUUCCCUGUCAGGAACAGCUGUCGCAGCAAAGAAAGGAUCUUCAAAACCAUCUGGAGCGAGGGCAAAACCAAGUAAUAGAGCUGAGGUGUCACGCUUCGCCGUUAAUGGUCUUGUAGCUGCCACCUUUACCCCUUUUACGAGCACGGGUGAUUUGAAUCUGGGAGUCAUCCGGCCCUAUGCUGACUGGCUGUGUGAGAGUGGGGUGCACUCCGUUUUUGUAAACGGAACCACUGGAGAGAGCCUGAGUCUGACUGUGUGGGAGAGACAGUGUGUGCUGGAGGCAUGGCUGAAAGAGAGUCUUGGCAGGUUGACUGUUCUAGCUCAUGUUGGAUGCGAGAGCAUUAGGGACACCUGUGAGCUGGCCCAGCACGCUGAGAGGAGUGGGGCCAGUGCUAUAUCUGUGAUGCCUACCACUUAUUUCAAACCUCCAUCUAUUGACCACCUCAUUAGCUACUUGUCAGUGGUUGGUGAGGCAGCACCUGGUCUCCCUCUCUUCUACUACCACAUUCCCUCCAUGACUGGAGUAGACUUUAAUAUGGAGGAUUUUCUGGACCAAGUUGGGUCUCGUCUGCCAACGUUGCGAGGCAUCAAGUUCACCAGCCCCGACCUUCACCAGCUGGGUCGCUGCGUUGUCCACAGCAACGGAAAAUAUUCCAUACUCUAUGGCUGUGACCAGCAACUGCUAGGUGCUUUGGUGUUGGGAUGUACGUCUGCUGUUGGCAGUACAUACAACUAUACGGGAAAGCUCAACAACCGUAUGUUGGCAGCUGUUCGUCGCAACGACAUGGAGACGGCUCGUGUGGAGCAGAGGAGGUCACAGGCGGUCAUCAGGUUACUGGAGAGAUACGGUGGACAUGCUGGUGUGGGGAAGGAGUUCAUGAGGUUGCUGUGUGAGUUGGACUUUGGACCCCCUCGGCUGCCUCUCCUGCCCCUACCUCCUCACCAGUGCGCAGGUAAUGCUCCGAUGCUGUUGGGUCUUAGAAGAGCUGCGAUAUCUUUGCGGUUCCUGACUAGGAGGCAGAAACUCUUUAUUACCGGAGCUCCAGUUCGGGCGUUCGACUAUGACUUGCUGGUGAUAGGAGGAGGCUCCGGGGGACUAGCCUGCGCCAAGGAAGGCACGACGUGGGGUCUGGGUGGAACCUGUGUGAAUGUGGGCUGCAUCCCAAAGAAACUAUUCCACCAGGCUGGACUGCUGGGACAUGCUCUCAAGGAUGCUUCCAGUUAUGGUUGGGUCCUGAAUGAGUCUCCGGAACAUUCUUGGACUAGACUGACUUCUGCCGUGGGAGACCACAUCCGAUCACUGAACUGGGGACACCGCGUCCAGUUGAAACAGAAGAAUGUGGAAUACUUCAAUGCUCUUGGAUCAUUCUCGGAUGCACACACAGUACAGUUGACCACUGCUGGUGGUGAAAAGGUAUGUGUGCAUGCUGCUGGAAUGGUGUGCACGUGGAAGCCGGCACUAAAUCGGUUGCAGUCUUUUCUGACAGCAGAGAACAUUGUGAUUGCCAUUGGUGGGAGGCCCUGGCUACCUGAUAUGGAGUAUGCCAUCACAAGUGACGACCUAUUCUUUUUGCAGAAACCACCUGGAAGAACGUUGGUUGUCGGAGGAAGUUACAUUGCACUGGAGUGUGCAGGAAUCCUAGCCUCCCUGGGUCAGCCCACCUCACUCAUGGUCCGCUCAGUGUGCCUCAGAGCUUUUGACCAGGACCUGGUGAAGCUGGUGAUGGGGAGUCUGGAGAGGGAGGGAGUGAGGGUGAUGUGGGGGUGUGAGCCUCAGCAGGUGAGGAGGGUAGAGGGAGGGGGGGAGGCCGGGGAGGAAGGAGCAGCACUCAAUGUCAGCUGGUUCAGCAGGGACAUGGGAGAGACACAUCAGGGAGAAUGGGACACUGUGCUCUUUGCUACAGGGAGAAGACCUGCUACUCACUCCCUGGCCCUCCCUCUUGCUGGAGUAGCGGAGGACGGAGAGGGGAAGGUGGUGGUGGACGAGACUGACAGAACAUCUGCUCCAAACGUGUACGCCAUUGGAGAUGCUGCUAAGGGCCGUUGGGAGCUGACUCCGGUCGCUAUAGAGGCUGGAAAACGGCUGUCGCGAAGACUGUUUGCCGGCUCGAAAGAGCUGAUGGAUUACGAGACAGUACCCACCACAGUGUUCACACCGCUGGAGCUAGCUGCAGUAGGUCUGACUGGGGAGAAGGCUAUUGCAGAGUAUGGAGAGGAAUCUGUGCAGUUAGAAAAGCCUGCCUCCCUCCAGGUGUACCAUGCAUUCUACCAUCCGCUGGAGUUCUACCUUCCAGGCCGGGAGAUGGGGAGCUGCUACGUGAAGCUGGUGUGCGUCGGUCCGGACGAGAGAGUAGUUGGUCUGCACAUGACUGGGCCCAAUGCCGGGGAGAUGAUGCAAGGCUUUGCCGUAGCUGUGAAGCUGGGGAUGACCUAUGCAGGUCUGGCGUCCACGAUCGGUAUCCAUCCCACCUCAGCCGAGGAGAUCGUGAAGCUGCACAUCACACGUGCAUCGGGGGAAGAUCCAUCGGUCACCGCCUGCUGAGGCUAGCCAGCCAGUGCUCAGGUGGAUCCGGCACUGGCUGUGGAUGAUGAGGUGGUCUAUUUUAGAUAUUCAAGGACAGACUCUCAUGACGGUCUUUCUAUAAACCUCUUCUGUGUAGGAAUGAAAUGCCUGAUUUUUCUGUAACAGAUGAUAA